AUAAAAGAAAAUACACUCGCAUCAAAACCCUAGCUCCAUAUUCCCUCGUCAUAUUUAGGGUUCUUGCCUCUCUCUCUCUCUAUCUGCCCCUCUCAUACCAGACCCUUACUGCGGCUGCAACUCAAAAUCCCAAAUGGCUUCAGAGAAGAAGUUAGCGAACCCCAUGAGGGAGAUCAAGGUCCAGAAGCUGGUCCUAAACAUCUCUGUUGGUGAGAGUGGAGAUCGACUCACCAGAGCCGCUAAGGUGUUGGAGCAACUCAGUGGGCAAACACCCGUUUUCUCCAAAGCAAGGUACACUGUUCGAUCCUUCGGUAUCAGGCGUAAUGAGAAGAUUGCCUGCUAUGUUACUGUUAGGGGUGACAAGGCCAUGCAACUUUUGGAGAGUGGAUUGAAGGUGAAGGAAUAUGAGGAUACUACUGGAUACUAG